GAGCAGCUGCUAACGUUCUUUGUUCAAACUAGGGACGCUAGCUUUCCUAUUUUGAUCGAUCGUUUGGGCUCGUUAGAAAAUGAUUCAUUGUUGCUCAGAGUCAAUAAAUGCCGAAUCAUCUGAAUAAAUUAUUUCAUUCUUAUCAAGAAAGCUUUUCGGCAAGACCGCAAGCGAGAGAUAUUCACUACAACUCCAAACUAGCCAAGAAUCUCGUUUAAAAUGACGCAAGAUCUAAUAAAUAAGAAUGAUAUUUGUAACAGUUUCCUUGUAACUGCGAUGUAUAAAGAGUCAGGUGCUGGUUGGCCUCAUGAGACAAUAGCUGCAUGCAAGAUCAUCUGUACUGAUAAAGAUGGCAAAACAUGGGUAUCUCAUCAGAUCUACAAGAAUGAUAGUAAUGAUCAUGCAGAAGUAAAGCUCAUUAAAUACCUUCGAUGGCUUGGAAACGCAUUAGAGGCCAGGGAAAUUAUUAUUAAGGUUUACAUGAACUACUCACCCUGUUACAAGUGUGCUAGAAAAAUACUGAAAUAUAAAGGAGAUAUGGGAGAUAAAAUAAAAAUGACCAUUACAUUUGCAAACUUUUAUAACACACAUGUACAUGGAAGAAACAACCGGGAUGAUGCAUGCGCAAACAUUAAAGGGCUAAAGGAUCUAAAUGAAUAUAGAGAACCUGGGGUGAAACUUCAAUUGCUUGGAAGAGAUGUAGAAUGGAAAACAUUUCUAGACGUGAGUGAGUUUUUCGAUCUUGAUGAAGAAGAAAAGAAAAAAUGUUUGAAAGAGGCUAACUCGCAAGCAAGAAAAAAUAGGGAAGACAUUGAUAAGGAGUUCUGGGACGACAAAAUUUUGGGGAUGGAAAGAGUUACACAAAAACUCAAAACGACGAGAAUGAGUUAUGAAUGCGAGGAUGGUAAUAGUGACUAGCCACCCUCCUUUAGCUCAAAUUGCACAGUAUAUCGUUAGUAAUGUCCAGUCACCCCCCUCUUCUUAGAAUUCCUGGUAAAACCUUUGUAAUAGUCAA